AUGGGAGCUGCACCGUCUCGUGAGUCGACGACGCUUUACUCGUACUUUAGAGGGACAUAUGAGAUUGGUCUGAUCCCCCUGACAAAGGCCUUCUUUGGUCUUCCAGGGGAUGCCCACAGUCACAUCACAAACAAAACGGAAGAAGGAGAGGAAGAAGAAGACGUGGGGAUUGGCCUUCGCUGCAAGCAGGAGCCUCAUGUCUCUCAGACAACAUCGACAGCGGCUCAUCUCAGCAGUACAAUGGAGCUACGGCGACAAUUUGUCAUUAUGCGUAGCGAUCCGGCCAUUUUAUACGCCAACGCACGUGGGAAAGUCUCUGCAUCGUGGCCAGAACUUCUUUCGGAUGCCUUUACUGAGGAAGAUCUGGACGCCUUCCUGGAUAAGGUUGAGGAACGGAUAUACAACACUGAUGCGGAGAUGUUUGCCGACACUAAAAGUGCUCUCAUCCCUCUCCCAUGUGCCCUUUGCCUCGUUUGUAAGGAUGGACAGGAACGGUCUGGGAGUUUCUUUUGGCGUGGACGUAGCAUUGUUGUCAUUGGGUACUUUGCCUGCCUUCCAGAGGACCUCCGCAGCGCGUUUAAGGUGGCAAAAGGAAACCCGCCAGAGGGAAAAAAAGGAACAACGGGCACCGACAAUGACGCCAAGCACACUCUUUCUUCCACCUCCCAAGUAUCACUCUUCUUAAAUGCCGGUGUGCUUGCCUCUGCUGGUGACCGCACACUUGAACGUGUCCUUCUCCUGGCUGCAGUCAUGUUGCGAAAUCAGUAUCUGGACUCCUUUUUUCAUGUCUUUGCUCCAACACCGUUUCCCUCUUCCUAUACCGGGGACGUAUUUCAGAAUAUUUUCAACACUGAAUUUGAUGCACCUCCAUUCUUUCCACACGAUGGAAUGUUCCUUGACACUGCAGCUCGCGGUAAGAAUGCUACUGCGCAACAGACCAGAGAAGAAGCCUUAAAGACUCUGGAACGUCGACUACAAAACAUUACUGUGUACGUGGAGACGGCUGUGGAUAAUUAUUCCUCGCUAAAGUCUUUGACGGAGAAUGCUGCCUUCUUGCAAUGCCAAACGAAUUUGAGACCAGGCUUAUGUUUUAUGGACUUGCCACAAGUUGUGCUUGAUGGAUUUGAGUCCGCGGGAAUAACUGAAGAAAAUACUGAAAAAACCGCCGAUGGAGAACAGGAAGAGGCAAAAUUACAUUCUGCCCGAGCGUCGCUCGAUGAUACAACCACGGCGGUGGAAAACACGAAACAAGAUGGGGAAACGAGUAAAGUUGGGAUCCAUCAGGAGACAUUGGAAAAAGCAAAAUUUCCGGAAACGGAUGAGAAGGCAUCAACAAAAAAUUCUGCAUCUGUAGAGCUGGUUCGGGUUUGUUUUACGCCGGAGUAUGUGGUGAAGGCCACCAUGUGGGCAUCCGGUCUUCUUAGUUCACCCACCGAAACUGUUGGUGGAAGCUGGGUACAGUACAAGCUGAAAAAUGAAAGUGAUGAACUUCGACAG